AUUUAAUAUUUGACUUAAAUAAAAAAUCCCUUUGCAAGUAUUCAAUAAAAUUAUGUUUUUGAAUCAAAUAAUUUUUUUUUAAUUCGGGAUAUUUUUUUCAGUGUAUAACAGGACAACUCGACUUAAUAACGUGAAUGCUAAAAUUUGUCAUGUUUUUGUAUACGGUUAUUGAUUCUACAACUUAUCGAAGAUUUCUUAAGAACAAUAUUUCCUUAGGUACAUCACCGGAAUAGAAGAUCGCUUAGAUCCAAUUCUAAGAACAUGGAUUCCAAUAAAUCUGCGAUCGGUGUACAUGACAAUGGUGCGAAGUUGCCCUUAUUCGAUACCAAGCAUCCUUCAACCAUCGACUUACUUCCAGAACAUGAGCCUACCGAUAUUAACGAUAAGCAUGUGGAGAAUCGGCAUACCGUCAUAAUGCAUGAGCAUAUGCCAAACACAUAUAUUCCCAAGGAUUCAACACCAAUUUAUGAUAGACCAGUUUAUUUACAUAGCCUUUCAAAUAAACCUUCUAAAAGAAUAGAGCCUUCGAUUCUGAAGAAAUCAGUGUCAAACAAUAAUAACGACAAACAGAUAUUUGUCGAACAUGGUAUAACUUACGUGUUAGGAGAUUAUAAUCCGCCGCAGUACGAUUACGUACAACCGAAGGUCAGGUAUCAAGGAAAACGUGUAUCAGUUUAUAGUCCCACCUACCCAAAUUAUGGAAAUAACAAGGAACUAUCGGGAACUAAGAACAUUUAAUACACCAUUAUCUGCAAAAAAACAUGUUGCAACGUGAAAGUAGUAAUAAAAAUCCUCUCACUUUAUCUGAGUUUCACAUUCCGUAUUAUAAUUACAAUUACGUUUUGAACAAAUUUUGGGAUCAGAAUUCUUUGAAUACAGAUUUUUAUAAUAAAAAUAAUAAAACUAAUUCAGCUGAUGUCACUUCGAUCGACCCUAAUUAUGUUCGCCGUACAAAUAUCGAUGCUCAGGACAACAUGCCGACUUCUUAAGUCAUUUUAUACAUUUCAAGAUGGUGUAUAGAAUAUAUAAGUUGUAUGUACUGACAGAAGGGAAAUACUCCUAUGCAAAUAGCGUUCGAAUGGCAUCUUUUGCGUACUUUUCUCUGCAAUGUGACGACAUAUUUUCCGGCUGCAAUGUUUUACAAAUUAUGUAAUCUGCUUCAUAUACGAGUAAUAAAGACACUACCAUCGAUUUAAUAUAUCCUGAAUUUCAUUUUAGUGUAUCUUUCGGAAAAUUAUGAGAUAACUCGCGAUCAAACUCUACUCAG